GUAACUGCAUGUAAAUUUGACAGAUGUCAAGCUAACCAGCUGAUUAAGUGAACCUGUCCUUGUUUUAUUACAUUUUUAUGUAAUUUACAAUAAUUACAUUCAAGAUGCUGAGGAAAGUGGCGAUAGGGACUACUGGAGUGAUCGCUCUUAUACCGACAGUUAGUGCCGCGACUCCUUUGCAAGAAAAACCAGGAGAACCGUUAAAACCGCCACCAAUGAGACCCUCUGAUCUUCCAAUUUAUGAAGCGCCGCAUGCCGAAUAUGGAGAAUAUGUUCAUUCAUUAUCUGACUCUAAUAAGAGCAGCUACUUAAGAUCAGUGCUACAACCACCAGUUCGUGCUGUGCGAGAGACCGCAGAAAUUGGCAUAGCUCAUAGUGAAUCUGUCUUGCAUACAGUACAAGAUAAUUACCAUGAGUUUAGAGACCGAUCUGAUUGGAUUGUAAAAUAUUUAAGAGAGGAAGAUAACAAGGAUAUACGGUAUGGAGCUGUUGUAAUGGGUGGCUUAACUGGAUUUAUAUUUGGGCUUAGAGGAGGUUUUAUUAGAAGGGUAUUUUAUGCGGGUAUUGGUACAACAGCAAUGGGAGCAAUCUGCUUCCCUGAAGAGACAAAGGAAUUAGCUAAGAAUAAUGGGGCCUUAGCCAAACAAUAUAUCAAUAUUGCUUACAACUUCCUUUAUGGUGUGAAACCAGGAGACCCACAACUGGAAGUAAAAUUCCCCGACUUGUCUUUGCCCAAAAGUUUCUCUGAAUUUGUUGACUUGACAGUUUCAUUAGCUGUGUCAGCCAAACAGGCCAUUAUGCCACCUCCUUCAAAGGACACAGCUGAUGAUAAGCCAUCAGAAAGUAAAGAAUAGAUUUUCGUGAAAAUAAAGUAGAAAAUCGAAGUAUGUAAAAAAUUGUGAAGAAUUAAAACAUAUUGCUGUCCUCAACACUACUUAUUUAUUUCUGUGUAAUGAAAUGAUAUACAAAGUUAUUCAAAACCAUUUGUAAUUAUAUAAUGCAGUUUUCAAAAGCAUUAAUUAAAUUAUGAAUACAA